CACAUGUUAUUCCUAUUGGACCCGUAUCAAGCGAAGCAGUGGAUGUGAAAAGAGGGAACUCAAGUCCAAUAAUUUGGUACAACAGAUAAGCGUGUAAUUAUAAUACCAGGAUUUCUGUUUUUCUUUUGGAGAAGUACCAUAUAUCCUCUGGUUGCUGGUUUUGGGUGCAGGUUUCAUUACCGAUGAAUUACUAAUUCCUGUUACAGUAUUGCUCCGUCUGGUGCUGAAGUGUUUUACUGGUGUGGAGAUCGUUGAUAUUAUAUUUGACUCUAGUUUUCUAUAUAUAUAUUUUGAUUUUUUCCGACAAUGAUGAUGGACACCUCCGGUUUAGUAAUGAUACCUUACUCACAGUACCCUAUAAUAUACCAUCAACCUGUGCAUCAGCCUAUAGCAGUGCCAAGGCCAAUCAAGGUAAACUGGGCAACUACUCCUAGCAGUAAAAAAGACAGAAAUGGCCUGGAAGGUAGAUAUCACAGACAUAACAAUGAUCUUUUUAAUAUAUUUGUGGGCGACUUGGAUCAAGAUAUAACAACCGAUGAAUUACGAUCUGCUUUCAAUCAGCAUGGGAACGUUGUAGAGGCACGUGUUGUACGUGAUGCCGAGUCAAAUAGGUCAAAAGGUUAUGGAUUUGUAGGAUUUGCAACAAAACUCGAAGCAGAGACAGCGAUGACGAUGAUGAGUAACAAAUUACUGGGAACCAAAUGCAUCCGAACUAACUGGGCCGCACGGAAGAUGCAACCACAGACAAAACCAGAAGUGCUUAAGAAGAAUUAUGAAGAAGUAGUGAUGCAAGCCACGGCUACUAACUGUACUGUAUAUGUCGGUAGUUUAAUCAAAGAUAUAACAGAUGCAGUAUUAAGAUCAUACUUUGAAGGCUAUGGCACCAUCCAAGAAGUUCGAGUAUUUCCAGACAAAGGUUACGGAUUUGUCAAAAUGGAUACACAUGAAAAUGCAGCUGCUGCUAUUACCAAUCUCCAUGGAACGAGUAUAAUGGGAACAACCAUUAAAUGCAAUUGGGGCAAAGAAACUCCAACUGACCCCAAUGCCAUGUAUGCGGUACCACAACAACAGCAACAGUACUCUAAUUACUACGCUUAUCCUCAACAACAGCAACAACAAUAUGUAGCCAAUCAAUAUUUCUAUCAAGCACAGCCAUAUCAAAGCGGUGCGUCAGCAGCUAACUUGCAGUAUAUGCCUCCUAACUACCAAAGUGCGGCAGCCAUGCAAGGACAGUCCUACGGUGGUGGUAUGCCAGCAGCCGGUAAUUUUGGAUCUGGCGCUGGUAUGAUGGGUCAAGGCAGCAUGAUGAACCCGAAUGGGCAGUUCAUGUAGAGACUGGAGAACUGGUAGAAAGGAUCCGCUAGAAUGACACAAAGAGGGCACUGUCUGCCUUUUGGGAUGCAAGUAAUUAAACCACACUACAUGCAAUGUUCGGCAUAUAUGGGAAAUGGCCAUUGCCUAAUUUGCUAUGUAUUGAGGGAAAAAAUAUAUACAUCUCAGAUAUCAUGCAGUAUCAACAACAAAGGGGAAAAAUAUUAAACAAAACUAUAACAAAAAAAUUCACCUGUUUGAAUCACACUUAGUGGUGGAGUUUGAUAAAAUCAAGCCACCUGAUUGGUCAAUUAGGUACGUUGACGUGCACAUGGUUUCAAACAGUUUAUGUAAAAUUAAUGUAGUUGGAGUAAGAUAUGAUGAAAGCAUAUCCAGUAACCUGGAGUGAAGUUGGCAUACACAUGAUCCAGUUAAGUGGUUUUUGUGUGUGUGUGUGUGUGCGUGUGCGUGUGUGUGUACAUAUAAUAUGAUAGGGAAAUCGAUCAAUAUCAGGGACAUAUUUUUGUGAGAUGCACACGAAAAGGACAUGACUAGCAGUGGCCAGUCUUUUUCUAUAGUGCUGUUGCAUGGUUAGGAGGCGAUUAGUGCUGAACUUUGCCCUCUGAUUUAUGACCUAUUGUUAUCCCUUGAUUCAGAAUGCAUUUGUAAAUCAGCGCUUUUUUUUGUAAAUUUGUUGUUGUAUAGGUUAUGAGGUGAUAAGUUCUGAACUUUGCCCUCUGGCUUAUGACCUGUUGAUUACGCAAUGUCCUUUUUCUACAUAAGCUCAAUGUUAUUUUCAGAUGUUUCGUUUGUUUAGUUUCCACGCUAAGCAAUAUUAAACCCUGUUGUUGCUACAUCUUGUUUUACUGGUUGAAACAGAACCUCGAUUGAAGAUUUUUUGUGCAACGAAAAUAGUUGCUCACCCAUCUACUAAACAGAUGUGUUUGUAAGUAAAUGUUUGUUUGCAGUCCAAACACAUGUUUACUUGCCACUAUCCCAAAAAAAAUUUUUUUUUGUAGUUGAGAUCGGUAAAUUAAGAUUGCUGUAACAAGUGCAACCAUUCUUUCUUAGGUUGGUGUCAGCCUUUUGGUUGGUAUUGUAUAGUUUUUGUCCGUGGUAUACAAGUCACCACUUUAACAGGCGCUGCAAUUAAACCUGCGGCACCGCAGACUUGCGUUUCAACAUUUUUAGCAAAAGUCCUUCGAAAUUUAUUUGUACCUAACGCUGCAAUAUCAUGUAUAAUCCGAAUCCGAUAUAUACCAUUUUUUUUCAGGGGAUUUUUUUUACAUGGAAAUGUGGUUACUAUCUGUUUUUGUGAAUACAAUAUGGGGUUUUUCCUAAGGUUCUUGGUGUAUUGUACAUAAGAACUUUGUGAACAGCCCAUGUAAAGUUGUUAAGUGUUGCAGAGUUGCCAACAAGUUAUAACAUGUCCAGUGGACGAGCUUAAUAGUAUAGAUAACAUAUUCAAAGCAUAGAUACAUAAUUAAAAAAAAAUGUUAAAUAAGCAUCAUGAGUUAUAUAACAGUUUAGAUGGGUACGUUUUGAUUUUAAGUUAACAUUGAUAAUAGAAUUUAAUUUCACUUUAAAUUAAUAGUGUGGAACAUUGCACCCAAGUGUCUUACUACUGUAAUAGUGUUUGUCAUGGCUUUGUAAAUAAUUAUUUUGGGUUGAAAGUUUUGGAAAACAUAUAUUAGAUAGGGUUGGAGUUAGAUUCUUGGAUACGGUACUACUCUGUAAUAUUAAUAGUAAUAGAACAAGGGAGAAAUAUUUGCCAAAAUAAUAGAGAAGAAAUAGAGUGAUAUUCUCUUGAGAUUUUGUUUUGUCCUUUGAAUGAGUUUGUAUGGCAGCUGUUCUAUACCGCUUUGCCUUUUUUCCAGGAACGGUUGUAAAUGAUUUGAUUGCAUGAUUGAUUUAAGAAGUUGGACGGCGACAUGAUCUUAAACAUUUCUGGCUUAUAAGCCCUGGGAAUGGAAUAAAAAAAAAAAAAAAUACAUCGCGGGUGUGUGGGAUUUCGUUCUUAGUGUUUUUGUAAUGUGUAAUUUGGGAUGAAAAUGUAAGAAAAUCAACAUUCCUAUUCAGAAGAUUAAAUAUUGUAGUAACCUUCGUUUACAGUUAAUUUGUGUGUAGGUUGCAUUGACAUCAAAAUUAAAUGAAUUUUUUUUUUUUCUAAAUUGUUUUGUGGUAAUAACGUGUAGACCAGUGCCAAGUACGCUAUUGCAAACUAUAGUGCAAUCUAGCUUAGAGGUAGCACGGUCUUAAUUAAUUCAGCUAGUUUAUAAGAUGAUGACGAUGAAUAUGUAACCAAAAAUAGAACCCUGUAUAAUACAUAUCCUCAUUAUUAAAAGAAAUAUUUUGUACAGUCAUUUUCUUCAUAAAUUUUCAAUUUUUAUUGAUUUUUUUCCUCAAAAUUAUGAACUGUAACAAGUUUUUGAAUGCAAGCAUUGUUAAUCUUAAUCUAUGUUGUAACUAUGGUGUCAAUUAUUUUCAUUUUAUUCUGUGUCUGAUAUGCAAAGAAUCAAGACAAUCCCAAACUAUUAUUUUAAUUAGUCUAGAUAAAAUGGUAAAUCGUGUUGUAUGAUAGAAUAGUCUUUUACAGUGACAAUUAUCUUAAUAGAAACCUUAGCUAGCCCAUGUUUUUGUGUGUAUGUGUUUUUGUGUGAAAAAUGUACAGUUAUUACACCAUAAGAUAUUGUAAGAUACUGUGACAUAUUAUAUAAUCAUUUUUCAAAAACUUGUUACAGACAAAAUAUUUUUCGUAGAGAUUUUUGCACAUCAAAUUAUUCUUUUUUUAAAUGGACUGAAACAAAUGCUUAAUUAAAAUCUUUUGAUUAAUUUCUGUUCACGUUUUGUUGUUAAAAAGAGAAAUAUAUGAGGUUGUGCUAUUUUGGAAAAAAAAAAUAAACAGAUUGUAAAGAAAUUGAUGUCAAAAAGGAAGGAUAUAGAAUCCUUAAUUGCAAUGCUAGGUGUUUUCUGAUAAAAAGUAGUGUUUUUCAGUGAUCUGUUUUUAGAAUUGGUAUACUAGUGUACAGAAGCAACAACCAUUCAAUGUCCUAAAAAGACGAGCAAGUUAGAUAGUAGUGUUGGCUCGAAAUUCUGUUAAUCCUCAACCUAGGGAGCCAUGUAGAAAGUAGGGGAAAAUGAAAAUAAAACACCAUUUCUAUAUGAGAAUUAA